AUUAGAUGGCAAAGCUGAGGGUCCAUCUCCAGCAGUUGCCAAUUGCUCCACUGCCUUUGCUGAGUCAGGUACAGCUUGACCUAGCCUGGGCUGUGCUCCGAAAACAUAGUGAAAUGAUCUUAAAGGAAAUGUGAGGAGACAGUUUACUGUGGUUUAACAGGAAAAUGUGGGACAUACAUAAAUAGCAUCAUUCUUAAAGUGCAAAUAAUUGCAGUGAUCAUAAAAUCCAACCCAGACAUCUAAAUGCAAUUUAGAGAAGAGGCAAAGAAAUACAGAAAGGAAAAGGAAAUGCACAUUUAAAUGUACUUUUCCUACAGAUGAAUCAUCAAGAAAAACCUCCAGAAGAUAAUCUAACUGAACUGGUGGAAUUUGUUCUCUUGGGCUUUGCUGACACGCCACAUCUCCAGUGGUUUCUUUUUGGGUUAUUUUUAAUCAUCUAUAUCAUUAUCCUGAUGAGCAAUGGCACCAUAUUUCUCAUAACAAAAAUGGAUCCCUCUCUCCAGACCCCUAUGUAUUUUUUCCUGGCAAAUUUUUCCUUCUUGGAAGUCUGCUAUGUGUCAGCUACUCUCCCCAGAAUGCUGAUGAAUCUUGGGACCCAGAGAAGAAGAAUUUCCUUAGUUGCCUGUGCUACACAGAUGUGCUUUGCUCUUAUAUUUGGAGGCACAGAGUGUUUGCUCCUGGCAGUGAUGGCCUAUGACCGCUAUGUGGCCAUUUGUAACCCUCUGCACUAUCCUCUAGUCAUGAACCACAAGGUCUGUAUCCAGUUGGUGACUGGGUCCUGGACCACUGGAAUCCCAGUUAUGAUAGGGCAUACGUAUCAGAUUUUCUCUCUGCCUUUUUGUAGAUCUAAACAAAUUAACCAUUUCUUCUGUGACAUUCCCCCAAUACUCAAGCUGGCUUGUGGGGACACCUUUGUUAAUGAGAUGUUGGUCUACACAGUUGCUGUGUUAUUUGUCAUGGUUCCAUUUCUGUUGAUACUGGGCUCCUACAGUAAAAUCAUCUCCAUCAUCCUGAAGUUGCCAUCAGCCACAAGUCGAGCCAAAGCCUUCUCCACUUGCUCGUCUCACCUUAUGGUUGUGGUGGUGUUCUUUGGAUCAGGCAUUAUCACAUACUUAAGACCUAACACUAGACACUCAGAGGGAAUUGACAAAAUGCUUUCUCUUUUCUACACUAUCCUAACUCCCAUGUUUAAUCCCAUAAUAUAUAGUUUAAGGAACAAAGAUGUCAUGAUUGCACUGAAAAAAUUGCUAUGUAAAUAA